UGGAAACUUGGGGAUUUUGGCCCCUGAAAAACCAACAAAAGCGCGCAAUUUAUCAGGUCCCAAAGCACUGAUUACAGCCUCAAUUCAGGUAGGUAAUGCUGGCCUCUUCUUGAUCGGCAUUGGAGAGCGCAAUGGCUGCCACGGAUGGCCAUACACAUAGCAGGCCGGUAGCUAUUGCCCCAGCGCCUGCCGGGGCUCGCUCAACCGAUCCUGGUGCCAAUGGAGACUUGCCUCAACCUACAAUGCCAUAUACUUGCCAGACCUGUGCGAAGCGCAAGGUGAAAUGCGACAAGGCGACGCCGAUAUGUUCGAGCUGCCGCAAGGGCAAGCUCGAGUGUUUCUAUCAAGCUCCUCUGCCACGAUGGCGGAAAAGGAAGUUGAGCGGCGACAUCAACGAAAGGCUCGCCCGAUAUGAGCGCAUUCUGCGCCAACAUGGCUUACUACCAGAGGAUGCUGACACAUCGCCUUCCAUCGAAGAGACACCAGAGGAAUCAGUAAUAUCUCUCCGUUUCAACGAACCUGAAGCGUCGAAAACGGGCAAGCUUCUGGCCGGCCAGGGCAAGUCAAGAUACAUAGACAGCGAUCUCUGGCACAACUUGGGGGACGAUGAGAUGCAACACUUGUCUGUUGACGACGAACAGGAUCAAGUAGUUACCGGCGUUUCCGGGGAUCUCGUAUCAUCAGAUCCUUUGACAGGAGCUUUCAUGAGUUGUCAACAGAGUCUUCUCCAGUAUCACCCAACCCAUGAGAAAGCCAUCAUGUUAUGGAAGACGCACGUCGAAAAUGUGGAACCCCUCUGCAAAGUUCUGCACAUUCCAUCAACUUUCAAGAUGGUUGUGAUGGCUUCACAGCAGCCUGCAAUGGCGUCGAAAGCUGACGAGUGCCUGCUGUUUGCCAUAUACCACUUUGCCGUCUUCUCAAUGACGGAAGAGGAAUGUGCAGAGAAAUUUGGGCAGUCGCGAGCCACGUUGAUGCAAAGAUAUCACUUCGCGACUCGGCAGGCUCUUGUCAACGCGUCUUUUCUCAAGACUACCGACAUGUCGGUGCUGCAAACCCUCAUUCUCUUUCUUCUACCUUGCCGGUAUUCCUACGACCCGCACACAUACUGGAUCUUGACAGGUGUCGCAAUCCGCAUAGCCCAACGCAUGGGACUUCACCGGGAUGGAGAGAAGCUGAGCUUGCCGCCAUUUGAUGUGCAAAUGAGGCGACGACUUUUUUACCAACUCCUACCACUUGACGGCAUUGCCGGCCAAAUGUCAGGCACUGGUGUAGCUACCAUGCCAGACUCCUGGGACAUCCUGCCGCCUCUAAACAUCAAUGACGACCAGAUUUGGCCAGGAAUGACCGAGACGCCGGAAGAGCAUAAGGGCGCAACCGAGAUGAUCUUCUGCCUGGCGCGGUCAUGUAUCGGGAAAUUCUUUGCCACGGCUGGAAGAUCGAUGGGAGUUGCAGGCCCCAGGCAAUUCAAAGACUACAACGAAGCUGAGCUGGCCAUCAGUGAGGCCGAACGCGAAGUCGAGGAGAAAUACAUUCGCUACUGCGACAUCGUCAAUCCACUGCAUUUCCUGACCAUCGCCUUGGCCAGGUGUGGGAUUACCGCCAUGCGUCUCCGGAUCCGGCUCCCCAAAGUCAGGAACCGGACCGUCACCGACGCGGAGAGGAGGGAGCUGGUCCAGCUCUCGCAGAAGAUCAUCGACACAGACACGGCAGCCUACGCUCACGCAGGCCUAAGGAAGCACCUGUGGCAUGUGAAACCAUUCUUCUUGUUCGGCUCGUGGGACUCGUUGAUUCUCGUCCUAACGAACCUUUGGAGAGCCGACCUGCUCUCACCCGCGGAAACCGAUGCCGCCUGGAGCAGGGUGGAGCAAGUCUACAAUAACCAUGGCGAACUCUUGGAGCCGAAGCGAGCGCUGCAUGUGGCGUUUGGGCGCCUCACGCUGAAGGCCUGGGAUGCCAACCCGCCGAGCAGCAGUGUGCCGGAGUCGGCCUUCAUCACAGCCUUGCGCUCUCUGCGGAAAGCGAACCUUCAGAGCCGAGAGGCAAGGCAGGGUGGCAAGGCAACUGCUCUCGACGCGAAAACGGACUCAGUGUCGCCAAUCGGUCCGUCCCCGGCAAGUGACGCGGAUGUGUUAAUUGGCAGCGUCUCUGGUGACAUGGGCCUUGAUAUAGGCAACGAAUUCAAUCCCGAUACCGCAGACUGGGCGUUCUGGGAUCAAUUGAUGCAGGAUUAUCGGGUGCCGGAUGGCGAGCAGGGUGGAUUCUCGCAGUAAACGCUGGAUGGCGUGUAUUGUGGGAGGUACAUCGAAGACUCUCGGCUCAUGCUCUCCAUUGCACCAUGACGCAAUUCUAGAGCUAGCCUGAACAAUGAGCUGUACAGAACGCUCGGCUCUCAUUCAAGAGACUGUGCUGUGCGACUGGUUCUGGAUUAGACCGUGAAACUGCCUGUGAUUGGUCAGAAUUUCGGGCCCUAGGCGGCCGAGCAGUA